ACCUUGUACCUAUAUGCGGAGAUAGACGAAAUUUUAUUUUAUAAGAAUAUAAAAGUACAGUAUAAAAUGAACACGCAAAUAUGUUUGUGAACAACACCCUAUAUAGUAGUAUGCACUUAAAUAGGUAUUUAUUAAAUGGCAAAUAAAUAAACACUCUCAUAACCGGAAGAUCUGUUCGAGGUUCAACACAUUUCUUAUAUUUUUAGAACUUGCCAUCGUUAUUUCUAACUUGACCAGUGAUAUUGUUCUGACAAAGUUUUUACAGUUAUUUUAUAAUCAUGGGUUCCAGUGAUUUACUUAUGAACGACAGAGAAAAAGUGUUGCAGGCUUUUGAGAAAACCGAAAAAGAUCUUGCAGAAGAUGUUAUUGUGAUCAAGGAAUGGAUUAAAAGUCAACCGCAUCUUCCUGAGGUUCCAAGUACCAGUAUUAUAGAAAGUUUUCUCGUAACCAACAAAUUCAGCAUUGAAAAAACAAAAAAUAAGUUGGAUAUGUACUACAGUAUAAGAACGAUGAUACCAGAGUGUUUCAAAAACAGUCAUCCUAAUCUACCCCACAUGAUAGAAAUCACCAAAUAUGUGCAAUAUAUUCCACUACCAAAAUUAACAAAAGAUAUGUUCAGAGUAAACAUUUCCAAGCUAAGCGGAAAUCCAAAAUAUUUCGAUGUCUACAAUUUUUUCGCUCAUCAGAUCAACAUUAAUGAAAUCAGAUUGCACGAAGAACUUAUACUUGGUGACGUACUAUUGGUAGAUCUCAAAGAUGUUUCUCUAGGUCAUAUGGUCAAGGUGACUCCUCAACAUAUCAAGAAAGCCGUUUUGGUUUUAGAGAAGGUAUUCUCUAACAGAAUUAAGCAGAUCCAUUUGGUUAAUCCAUCGACAAGUGUGGACAUGUUGGUAUCUGUUUUGAAAUCUACACUGAAGCAAAAAUUGGCUGACAGAAUUCAAGUCCAUAAUAAUAUCGAAACUCUAUUGAAUCAUAUGUCUUCUGAAAUAUUGCCAAAAGAAUAUGGAGGCACAGAGCGUCCAGUAGCAGAACUUCAAGAGUUGUGGAAGCAGAAGUUGCAACAAUACGGUGACAGAUUUGAUAAGCUGGAAUUACUUAAAGUGAAUGAAAAACUUCGUCCAACACCUUUACACAACGAUGAGGUUUUAGGAUAUUAUGGAAAUUUCAAGACAAUUAGCGUUGAUUAAAUAAUUGGAAUAAAUAUGCCUUAGCUUUCAGUUUUCAAUCUCAGCUUUUGUUAUCAGUGAAAUUUUGUUGUCAAAAAAUGGUAUAUAUAAAUGUUUGUUUUA